CGCUCGGCGAUUUGUUUAGCUCAUAAAACUACACGCACAUUGACUGCCAGAUACAAAUAGUUUUUCACAUUUUCCCACCGCACCCACACACAUGACCUCACCCCACAGAACUCUAGUGCUCCAGAAUAAUUCAUAAUGCAUAAUUCAUAAAUCGGCCAAAUGUGCGAUUAAUGCGAUACGAAACCAUAAUCAAGGCGCGAGGUGAGUCAGUGAAUCACCAGAGUGAAUCAAGUGAAUCGUAUCCAUGCAUCGAUCGAUCGUCGCGACCACCUAUGAAGUAUGCAAUAUAAACUGUGCGCCGACAUAUGAAAAUAAAUAGAGAUGAUCGGUGCGGACCGGAUCGGAUCAGAUCGGAUAUAUGUAUAUGGUACGGAUCGAAACUCGAGAGAUAAACAGAGCGCCGGAAUGGGCAACAGCCAGGCACGGGCGCAAACAUGGCCAGUUGUGGAGAUGUGGAAAUCAGUGAUCAUAUUCAAUGUCUGGUCCAUAGCCAUAAACAAAAAAAUGCCCAGCCAUGUUGUACAUAGUUAGUCGAGCAUAAAAAGCAAAGGCAGCCCCGUUGCUGGGUAUUUAUGGAACUCCUGGGCAUUUGUACUAGAUCAAAAGCAAUUUGUACAAGUUAAUUGCCCCAAAAACAAAAACAAAAAAAAAUACAGUACCAAUCGUGGAAUAUGCUGGCGCAAUUGAAACAAUCAGGUCGAUCACCGAAAUCACCGAAGCCACUUUUCAUUGUAAACAAACAAACAGCGGCCAUUUCGAAAGGAUCAUAAAAUAGGUAAUUGGAAAACACAUUAUUGGGUCAGUCACUGCUCGCUUUCCCUACGGAAAAUCUACGGAAAAUCUCAACGAUUUGCCAAAUCCAACUGAAACAUGUAUCUUUUAUCUGUUUGGCCAGCAGUUGUAAAGAUACAUCCAUACUCGUACUUAGUAUUGGGAUCAGUUUUCAUUUGAUGGAGUGUAUUCAGAAAGUUAUAAUAUACUCCUGAAAACGAUGACAUGGGCUGCGUGGAGAUCCUGGCCACGGUGGUGUCCGUGCUGAUCAUGGUGCUAACCUUUCCCAUCUCGGUGUUCAUCUGCUUCAAGGUGGUCUCCGAGUACGAGCGAGCGGUGAUCUUCCGGAUGGGGCGACUGCGCAGCGGCGGAGCCCGUGGUCCCGGGGUCUUCUUUGUGCUGCCCUGCGUGGACGACUACUAUCCGGUGGAUCUGCGCACCGUCUCCUUUGACGUGCCGCCGCAGGAGGUGCUCUCCAAGGACUCGGUUACUGUGACGGUAGAUGCGGUUGUCUACUACCGCAUCAGCGAUCCCCUCAAGGCGGUCAUCCAGGUGUACAAUUACAGCCAUUCGACGAGUCUCCUGGCGGCCACCACGCUGCGCAAUGUGCUCGGCACCAGGAAUCUGUCCGAGCUGCUGACCGAACGCGAGACCAUCUCGCACACCAUGCAGAUGUCCCUGGACGAGGCCACCGAUCCCUGGGGCGUUAAGGUGGAGCGCGUGGAGAUCAAGGACGUAUCCUUGCCAACUGCCCUCCAGCGGGCGAUGGCCGCCGAGGCGGAGGCAGCGAGGGAGGCGCGGGCCAAGGUCAUUGCCGCCGAGGGCGAGAUGAAGUCGUCGAGGGCUCUGCGCGAGGCUUCCGAGAUCAUCUCGGCCAGUCCAUCCGCCCUGCAGUUGCGAUACUUGCAAACACUGAGCAGCAUUUCAACCGAGAAGAAUUCGACCAUCAUCUUCCCGCUGCCCAUGGAGCUGCUCACGCCCUUCCUGAAUACCCAAGCACACUCGCAGCAGCUGCAACUGCAACACCAGCAGCAGCUGCAACAGCAACAGCAGCAGCAUCAGCACCAACAACAACAACAUCCUGCGGCUCCUGGCACGCCACUCCAUCGACACCCGCACCAACACCACCAGUGACGCUCGAUGUCGGUGCUGCAACCAUAUCUGGAGGCACUGCAUCGCUGCGAGCUGCAGCGUCAGCAGAAGCAACAGCGAAGCGGAGCGGCUGCAGCGGGAGCGGCGGAUGACGAUGACGACAUCGUGGGUUUCUUGCUCUAGUGGAACGGCGGCAGCAGCGACAGAAAGCGGAACUGUCCGGAAAAUCCGGAAAAUGAGUCACCAAUGAAUUCGAAUGAAAGUGCCAUGGAAUUCCCUAGAUUCUGGAGAGAUUCAAACAUGGUUCGGACUUAAAAAUAAAUUUUUUUUUUUUAGAAUUUAUUCUAAUAUGUCGAAUUUAGUAUGCAAUAGUAACUGAGGCUUUUCCAAGGCUUUUCCUUCUUCAUUCACAGUCGUUUUAAGUAGAGACGUUAUAUUUAAAAUAACCAAUAUUAUUUGUUUGUAUCUUAAGAAUUAAUAACAAUAGCUAACUACAAACCAGGGUAAAAGCUAACCAUUUAAAUAAACCAAAUGAUUCAGAAAACAC